AGAAGAUGUCAGCGACAGCGAAAAAGAACGAAUCUCUCGUCUGGACCGACGAUGAGGUUGAGCUGCUCCUGAGGGUAACUUUGGAGUAUAAGACUACAAGGUAUCAGGAGAAUGUCGACUGGGAGUCUUGCCAAAGCAAGUACCAAGACAUUGGAAAUGCUUUCCGGGACCGAUACCCCAGGGACGCAGCACCGGCAGGGAAGGAGUUUCCCCACGAGCCUAGCACCAUCACCAAGGCUCAGAUUACCGCGAAACUAAAGGCUGUAAGGAACAAGUACCGCCAUGCUGUCGACAGUGGACGCCAGAGUGGUCACGGACUCAUAUUUUUUGAACUGUGCCAUGAGAUCUGGGGUGGAACGCCGGCGACAACAGGUAUUUCCUCCGGAUUCGAGAGCGGUGACCUGGUUGAGGAGACCUCUCCCUCCUCCCCACGGUCAGUCUCUCCUGCACCCACCGUGGACCGCGAAGCAGAAGUUGUGUGCAGGAGAAAUUUGCUGCAGGAAAAGCUAAAGAACCACAGGACUGACAGACUGAAGAGGAAGGUUCCGGCAGAAGCAUCUGAGAACGAGGACAAGCAGUAUAGGAAGCGGGUGCUUGAGCUGAUGGAGAGCUGUAACACGCGUCUCGGUACGACGCAGUAGCACAUCGCGAACCACCUCGCCGACAUCUCAAACACCCUGAAGACAUUGCAGGACGGUAUGACGGGCUUUUACCAGCAAGAAGCUGUCCGUUGGGCACACGCAUAUGGACUGCCACCACACCACGCACCACAUUUCAUCACACCAGCACACAGUGCAUCGCACCUAGCACCACACGUCAACACACCAUCACCACAUCUACAGGCACACACACCAUCGCACGACCACCCAAACUACACAGGAUACAUGCCCAGCUACACACCUUCACACACCCCACCACACUUCAACCCACGCACACACACAGCACCAGGGUUUUCAUUCCGGAGGGUCCUGCAGCUGCAAGAGGAUGAUGAGGAUGUGUAGACAAAGCAGAGUGCCAUAGUAGAGUGCCUUUUUUCUGUUUUUUGAAUGGGCGUGAAUAUUUUUUGCAGUUUUUUGAGACACUUUUUUAGAGACACUUUAAAAGCCACUUUUAUUUUGUACUUUUAUUGUAAUAUAUUUUGUGUAUUAUAUUUUGUGUGA